CGUGCACGUGAGUCUUCGUGUCGAGGUGGUGACACUGACUAUAUCGAUGUCUUGCCCCGCCGAACCCCAAGACGUUGCCUCCCAGCUAUUUAACAAGUUCUGCGACUCAAGCGAUUUACAAGACAUUCUCAACGCCUUCCAGACGCUCCGCACCGAGCUCCACCUCGACGUCGCCCAAAGCGACUUCUACACUCAACUGAAAUCGAAACUAUCGAACUGGAAGAGCCGUUCGCUAUGGGAAAUACUCGACAAACGCGUCGACUGCCCCGUCUACGAAGGCGGCAUGGCAUGCGGAGGCGCCAAAGUGUUGGUCGUAGGCGCUGGGCCAUGUGGCCUCCGAUUUGCCGUCGAGGCUGCGCUGCUUGGCGCCUCCAGAGUCGUCGUGGUCGAGAAACGGCGCGGCUACACGCGUAACAACGUGCUACAUCUGUGGCCGUAUCUCAUUACGGAUUUGCGAGGUCUGGGAGCGAAGAAGUUCUAUGGGAAGUUCUGUGCCGGUUCGCUGGAUCAUAUCAGUAUUCGUCGGUUACAGUGCUUGCUACUAAAAGUGUCUCUACUUCUGGGUGUGGAGGUGUACACUGGGGUGCAGUAUAAUGAUAUAGUUGAACCAGCAGGUGGACACGGAUGGAGAGCCAGUUUUCAGCCGUCGAUCAGUUCAAUCAGUGACUUUGACUUUGAUGUCGUCAUAGGAGCGGAUGGUCGAAAGAGUAGUCUGUUGAAGAGAGGAUUCAAACAGAAGGAAUUUCGAGCUCAGCUUGCUAUAGCAAUUACGGCCAACUUUGUGCAUGGCAACACAACGGCGGAGGCAUCGGUACCAGAGAUAAGUGGCGUUGCGUACAUUUAUCAUCAAGACUUUUUCAAGAAGUUAUCUGAACAAUUUGGAAUUGACUUGGAGAAUAUUGUGUAUUAUAAAGACGAGACGCAUUACUUUGUGAUGACGGCGAAGAGGCACAGUCUGUUGAAUAAAGGAGUUUUGAAAAAGGAUUACAGUGAUGCUGUUCAGUUGGUUGCUAGCAGCAAUGUUGAUCACGGCAAGCUUUACCAGUAUGCCAGAGAGGCUGCAGAGUAUGUGACGAAGAAGGAGCUGCCUCACUACGACUUUGAACCAAUGACAGACGGGCGUCCUGACGUAGCACUUUUUGACUUUACAUCAAUGUAUGCGGCAGAUCAUGCGGCUCGAAUACUGGAACGCAAUGGCAAACGUCUCAUGCUUGCCCUGGUGGGAGACAGCAUUCUUGAGCCAUUUUGGCCUUUAGGCACUGGUGCUGCUCGUGGCUUUCUCAGCUGCAUGGAUGCAGCAUGGAUGAUGAAGAAAUUUAUAAAAGGUGGUGAUCCUCUUGUGUUGCUUGCUGAAAGAGAAAACAUCUUUCAUCUACUUCCACAAACAUCACCCAAGAAAAUGGUAGAAAAUUAUGCUUGUUAUACAAUCAAUCCUACGACCCGGUAUCCAGCAAUACAAGAGUACAUCAAACCUACGGAGGUCACUCAGCUCUAUGACUCUGACCGAGUGAUAAGUCCAGCAGAUAAAUCUGUGGACAAACCAGCGGGUGCUGGAAAGAGGAAACCAAAGGUCCCACUACCAGAACAGGCAAAGAAAGUAAAAGGUGCAUCAGACCUGAAGAUGAAAAAAUCUAUGUUACGUAAACAUCGUCCUUCACGAUUUGUUGUAAUAAAGAAACAUAGUACAACAUUGCAUAGUGGAACAGCAACGCCAUCAUCUUGUCUGCAAUCACCGACAUCUAAAACAGAAUCUCCUACAUCACCAACGUUUAAAUUAAAUGGUUCUACUGAAUCUGAGAUGCAGAAAAGCGAUCUAUCUAUUGUGGAUGCCAAGAAACCUUUAGUCUCGUUUGAUGUUGGAAAUGUGAGUAAUCAAGAACAGCAUGUAAAUGAUGAACAAAUGACAGAGAGUGCUAAUCAAGACAGGGCAAGAGUAGGUGUAACUAGGGGAGUGAAGUUUGGUAAUGUAGUAAAUAAAACUGAUGUGACAUCUGGAAAAGAGUCGAGCAAGUUGACGCCUAGUCAAGCAGGUUAUGAGAAACAUGCAAAAUCUGAAGAUCAUGUCAGCAGUCCUGCUGCCAAAUGGAAACGGCAGCAGCAAACCAUUUUACCCAAAGACCAAAAAGAUAAGGAAGAACGAAACAGAGCAUUAGAAGACAGACAAACGAGAGGAAAAGAAAGAAUUCAGAAAGAGAAGAAAGACAAGGAAAGACAAGAGAAAGAGAAGAAAGACAAAGAAAGACAAGAGAAAGAAAAGAAGGACAAGGAAAGACAAGACAAAGAAAAGAAAGACAAGGAAAGAUUAGAAAAACAGAAGAAAGAGAAAGAAAGGCGAGAAAAAGACACCAAGGAAGAGCAGAAGGACAAGGAAAGACUUGAGAAAGAGAAGCAGAAGCAACAAAAGGAGAUGGAGAAAAUGUUGGAGAAAGACAAGAAGGAGAAGGAAAGAGCAGAGAAAGAGAAGCAGAAACAGCAAAAAGAGAGGGAGAAACUGUUGAAGAAAGAUGUGCUCGAAAAAGAAGCUGCAGAGAAAAAGAGAAAAGAGAAAGAGAAAGCAGAGAAACUAGAGAUAGAGAAAAGAGAGAAAGAGAGCAAACAGAAAGAGCUGCUAGAGAAACAUACAAACAAACAGCAAAGAAUGGAGACAGCUAAUAAAGGACAGAUAGUCCCAAUACCAAAGCCUAAACCGGAAAGGAAAAUAAUUGAAAUGGAAAAACAGAGAAAUGCAUUAAGCAAUGAUGAGAAUAAGCACAGCCAACCAGCAAGUAACGAGCAAGAAUUACACUUGAAGGAGGAAGAUGAUCAGCUGAAAGGAACAAUAGCUACUGUGAAGUCAAAUCCAUUUGUUACACAAGACGUAGCUCGUGCUGUGGCUGAAAGAAAACCUUCACCAUUGCGGAAGUCUGCCCGAGCAAAGAAGUCGCCUGUCAAGCAUGUGUCUUCUCCUGAUCGACAACUACCAGGAAAGCCAACUGCUCAUUUGCUUGGUCACAAUCAGAUGUCUGGAAAAGGACUAUCGAAAGCACGAGGGGCAGCUUACUAUCUUUCUAAACAAAGGGAUUCUAUUGGCAAAGAGUCAUCUGUAAGUUCAAAACUAUUUGAGGGAGAGAGGACUGGAUCAAGUGGGCAUGAACCUGAGGAUGAACUGAUUCGGAGAGUUGCGGUAGGUUGCAUGUACUUUUUGGCUGUGAGAUGUGAGGUGUUACUGUGUAGGGGUUUUGUAUAUCAGAAAGUUGUGCGUGCCAGCUCACUGAAACAGCUGCGUCCUUCCGUUGCAAUUAGGAGAAAGAGGCAGUCGCUGAUCAGACACAAACAUGGCAGGGAUGAAACGGAUUUAAUGGAGGAGGACGAAGAUGAUAAUUUUGAUAUGUCUGAUGAUGAGUACGAGAUGAGCCCAACUGCUUGUAGAAUGUCACUGAUACUGGAGAAAAUGUGUGAUCGACUGGAAAGCAGUCAAGCCGAACUUACACUUCGCAUUCUUGGUGCCCUCACAGCAAAUGUUCAAGAUCAUCCAGAUGAUGACACUUUUCGUAGAGUUCGAGUUAGUAGCUCACAGUUUCAGAUGUCAGUGUGGGGCAUCGAAGAGGCACAGGAAUUUCUGUUUGAGUGUGGAUGGAUGCCAUUUGGUGACUUCAUAGUCCUUGCAGUUGAUGCAAAUCUGUCUGAGGCUCUUUCAAUUCUGGAUGACUUGAUCUGGGACUUCCAAGACAGGCUGAUGAAUGGAGAUGCUGCUGAUGUAGCUGAGCUCGUGAAUGUGAGUGACACCUGGAAGUAUCGCGAUGGGCUGAUUUCGAGGAUCAAGCACAAGAUGCUGUCUAAGAGCAUGUCGUACACAUCGGCUCUAGUUGAAGCAUCAGCUGAUCGACUGCUGCAACGUGAAGAUGAGUUAGGAAAAUUUGCAGUGGAUAAGAACAACUUCAGUCAAUUAGAUCCUCUGUCUUCUGAAGCGUCUACUGCACAGCAUGCUGAGAGAGCUUCCCUAAUAGCGCGACAGCAUUGGCAACAAAUGGAAGGCUCUCUCCAUGUCAGGCCCCCAAAUGCAGCACGAGCUCGGAGGACAUACAGCCAUGGAACCAGUCAAUGUCGGAAAGCAACAUACUCUGCAGUUGUGAGCAGUCGACAGCAUGGAACUAUGAUUGAAAGGAAGGAGCACCAGAUUGAUGAUGCGAAAGCAAAGAGAUUUCUAGAAGAAGAAAGACGUCGACAUAGAUUGAGCAGUACCAGUUCAAUGGAUACUCAAAAUCCUUCUCGUGGUUAUCGGCUUGCAAGUCAAGUUGAUGACGCUUUUGUUGAUGGUGAUGCAGAAACGUCAAAUCAGAAAGAAAGAUUGCCCAGUAGAACUCGUUUCCACCUCCGUCUUGGCUCUGCCCCUGAAUCUGGUGUUUGUUCUCCAUCACCAGCAAGUGAGACUACUUCAUUUUAUGAACCGUUCAAUGUUCAGAAGGCAAAGGAGGAGCUGCAACAAAUGGCUGCUGAAUUGAACAGCAAAUGCUUUUACAAACAAAUCGGUCACACAGCACCGAUCACCAAAGAACAGAAUAGUUAUGUUGAGCGGAAUGGUGAUCAAUCAAAGAAGCAGGAAGAGGCGAAUGAAAGAGAUGAACAAAGAUUGGAGUCAACAGUGGCUGACAGUAGUUCAAGCUUUGAGGAGACCAGAACAGUUACAACUUCUCCAAUUGAAUUGCCUGUGACUUUGGAUGUUGUAUUGAACCAGAACGUCUUAGCAGAAGGGGCGGUCAGUCUCACAACAGCUGAAGACAACAGACUGAAGAAUCAAAAUGGCAGUGAUAAUUCCUUAAAGCCUCAACAAGUUUUAUCUUCCAAAGAGGAAUACGAUGCUGCUAUUAAAGCUUCAAUUGAUGCUCGAGCAAAGCUAGCAAAACUUGGAGCUAAGUAGGCUUGAGGACAGAAAAUUUUAAUUGAGCAAGAACAGAAUUGAAAGAGUGAGUUAUUGAUUGAUAUAUUAUUACAUAGAAACAAUGACUAUUUGCAUGUGCUUCAAUGGCAGCAUUGUAUAGCAUGAGAUGCUUUUAUUUGCUACAAUUAACAACUCAUAGCAUUGAUGAUCAAAGCUAUCUUGAUUAUUCAGUGACAUUAGUUUAUAAUAUUGCAAUUGAGAAGUUUACUCUCAGUGUUUUGCUGAUGUACUUUGAGUAAGAGGAACAUACAUUGCUGAAUGCAUUACUGAGCUGCUAAUCUAAUUGAUGAAUAAGGAAUUAAGGCAAUAAAUUUACGUUGU